AUGUCCCAUGAUGAAGAUGAUAUUGCAAUCGCCUCUUCAGAUGAUGCAGCUCAUGAGAGAAUAUGGGAUCAACAAGUAUCAGAAGAUGAUGAGGAUGAAAUAUCGGCAUUCCUUUUAAGUUCUGAUGGGAUAGGAACAUCAUUCAAUGAUGACAUUAUGCUAAGACAGCUUUCAGAAAAAAGUGCAGACCUUAAACUACGUAGGCGAAGUUCUGAUCAUGAAAAGUUGUGGAAAAGUUGGCAAACAUCAUUAAACAAUUCAAAUAAGGUAGAAGAAAUAGCAUCAGAAAUGAAAGCCUUCAAAAAUACAUAUGGUGAUGGUCAAGGAUUUAAGAGAGUUAAAUUGUCAGCGGCUGAACAACGAGAGUCAUACAUUGCCAACUCUUUACCAAACGCUGAAAAUGUUCCUCAAAGUGUACUUAAACUUUUGGCAAGUGACACCUUAGACACUACAAAAGAUUGGUAUUUUUUAACAGAAACCCCAGACUACAGCAUUAUUCCUGAUCCAUAUGCUACAUUUAUUGGGUGUAAAAAUUCAGUAAUCAAUAGUACAACAGAACUUUAUGGUAAGUUCGGAGCAAAUAACGCAAAAGCAUUUACAGAAUUCACCUAUUGUCCGUACACAAAACUCAUACCAGUGCAUUUAAUGUGCGACUUAAUUGAGGCACAUAACACUAAAACUAAAGAUUCAUUUGUUUACUUUAUCAAGUUUAUUCUUGAUAGGCAAAUAUCUGUAAAUAUACAAACACAAUGGGCUAGUAGCGUUUGGAAUCAAUUCAGCUUUGGUCAAGUUGAAACGUAUCUUAAAAUUGUUCCCCGAACUUUAUACUUGCUACACUAUAGACUAACCAGACUAAUACCCGUUCAGUGGCCUUUGGUCAAAGAGCUAUUCCCCAGGGACGAGGAUAUAGUGGCGGAGUUCGAAAAGUUAUUAGAUUCACAACAGUGGGCUUCACUUUUGUAUUUCAUACUGCUUAUCUUAGGGACACCGGCUUUACCGUUCGGUAAUUCCAAAAAAAUGACAUAUUUUAAAGACUGCAUACUAGAUUUGAAUUCGCAGAAUUCAUCUAUAUUGGAACUAUCUAUAUUGAAAACAUACCUUAGGGUGUGUUCAAAAGUAAGUUGA